AUGCAGAUCUCACUCCCUUCACUCGCGCUGCUCUUCUCCAGCCUCGCCGCCGCUCAGAACUGGAGCGGCUCAGUGCCCACCCUCUCAGCCUACGAGCAGAUCCGCAAUACCCUCGCCACAGAGGCCUUCCUGCUCGACACCAGGGACCUGACGAACCUCGGCCAGGUGUACACGGACUAUGCAACCAUCCAAUUCGCAGAUGAGGAGCCCCACAGCGGCCUCGCGGACAUCAUCGCUUUUGAACAGGUCGCCCUCAACAACACGUUCACCCUCGUUCAUACCUACGUCAACAGCCUCAUCAGUUUCAGCGAGGACGGGUCGGCGAAUUCUACCAGCUACGCGACGUGGAACAAGCUUGGCAACGUCAACGACGGGUACUUCCAGCAGACGUGGGCGAAGUACUUUGACACUCUGGUCGAGGCGGAUGGGACGUGGAAGUUCCAGACCAGGAAGGUCCAGAUCCUCUUCGGGCCAUUGUCUUCGAACCUGACGGAUGGUGGCCUGUGA